UCUAGUUUUUGUUCCAAACCACUAACUAAAAAGAUCUGACCAUUUUGUUCCAUCCGACAUUUUUUCAACUCACACACACAUACAAAANAAAAAAAAAAAAAAAAAAAAAGAUGGUCAGAGUAGCGAUUUCUUUGUUUCUUGUUGUUGUUGUUUUAAGCUCUUUUGCAUCGCCUUCCUCUGCGAGAUCAUUCAUCACCGCAAAACCUCGUCCGAUUGAUUCGUUUCUCCCUAAACCAAAGCUAGAGAAUGCGGGUGUGUGUUCUUACACGGUGAUCAUUAAAACAAGCUGUUCAUCUGUGUCUUACACUAGAGAUAAGAUCAGUAUUGCUUUUGGUGAUGUCUACCGCAACGAGGUGUAUGUGAAGAGACUAGACGAUCCACACUCGAGGACAUUUGAAAAGUGUUCAUCAGACACAUACAAGAUAUCGGGACCGUGUAUGCGCGACGUCUGUUAUAUCUACCUCCUCAGGCAAGGAUCCGACGGCUGGAAACCAGAGAACGUUAAAAUCUACGGCUCAUCCAUCAGAUCUGUCACUUUCUACUACAACCUUUUUUUGCCUAACUCUGUUUGGUACGGCUUUAACGUCUGCAAUGGCAUUAGCAACACCAAGUCUUCUUCUCAGCCCAUCAUCACUGACUCCGUCGCAGCUAUGUAAGAUUUGAUCAAAACAUAAAAGCAAGGACUUGUGAUUGAGUAUCAGUGAAUUCCCAUUUUUAUGCAUGGCAGAACACACAUGGAGAGAGAAGUACAAUUAUUGUGUUGCUCUUGAGUGUAUUUGUUAGAUAACAUGUAUGUUGAUGCUUUUAUUUGAUCUCUAUAGCCUA